ACGACGGCCAAUUCCAUUGGAGGGAUUUCAUGGAGGAGGAGGAGGAGGAGGAGGAGACAACGACGUUUGGUGCUAAACAAAGCGAGAUGGGGUGGGGUCCUCCUCCCGAUAACCCUAGAGGUCAGCCCUGGUCGCGUGAAUUGUACUCGAACCAAUUAACCCGCGUCCGCGCGAAUCCCGUCGGCUUCUCACAUCAUCGUCGGCCGUAUAUAUAUGGGGAGGCAGUUCGAGCCACGAAGCUUGGAGCAGCAGGAGCAGAAGGAGGAGGGGACAAGGCCCAUAUCAACAGGUGGCGCUCCGGAGUUUGGAAACCAAGCUUCCGAGAUAAUGCUUCACGAGGUUGGCAUUCUCUAAUGCUCGUGCAUACAGAGGUUUACCUGAAGUGUGGAAUACUUGGUUCUUCACACUUCCGUAGGGAGAGCCAUCCAUUAUCAGGAAAAGCGACAUGGCGCGUGUCUGACUUUCCGGCAUCUGGUCUCUCUCAGAAUCUCAAAGUACCAAGAUCUAGAUACACGAAAAUGUCACUGCAAGUAGUAGAGAAAAUGGAGAAUGAGCUAACUUUUAAGGGCAAUUGUCAAGACCUGCCUCUUUCAUCUUCUUAUGAAGCUGCAAUGGAAGCACUUUCCUCACUCAUAACUCGUCAGAAUCGUGGAGACCGAACACCUGUUGCUGGGAAGUUUGGGAAACUGGAAAGGAUGUCAAUCUAUCUCAGGAUACUUGGGUUGGAGGAAAAGAUUGCUGGGCUUAAAAUAAUACAUGUUGCUGGAACUAAAGGGAAGGGUUCGACAUGUGCUUUCUGUGAGGCUAUUUUGCGCGAGUGUGGAUUUAGGACUGGACUGUUCACAUCUCCUCACCUAAUUGAUGUGAGGGAAAGGUUCCGGUUGGAUGGGUUGGAUGUGUCUGAGGAGAAGUUCCUGCUAUAUUUUUGGGAUUGCUGGAGUCAACUGAAGGAAAAUGUUUCAGAAGAUCUGCCAAUGCCACCGUUAUUCCAAUUUCUCACGAUACUGGCUUUUAAAAUGUUCUUAUCUGAACAGGUUGAUGUGGCAAUAAUUGAGGUGGGUCUUGGAGGGAAAAAGGACUCAACGAAUGUGAUAAAAGAGCCUGUUGUUUGUGGCAUUGCUUCCCUUGGGAUGGAUCACAUGGAAGCUUUGGGGAACACCCUAGGGCAGAUUGCUUCUCAUAAGGCUGGGAUUUUCAAGCCUCAAAUUCCAGCAUUCACCGUUCCCCAACCAUCUGAGGCAAUGGAUGCUCUUGAGGAGACAGCUGGUGAACUAAAGGUUCCAUUGCAAGUAGCUGUACCACUUGAUAUUCAAAGGUGGGGCAGAGAAACACUUGGCCUGUCUGGUGAUCACCAGUUUGUUAACGCUGGGCUUGCUGUUUCACUCUGCAAAUGCUGGCUUCAGAGAACCGGAAACUGGGAAAAACUACUCAGAAAGAAACAGGAUGAGGAGGCCGCUGGAUUAGAACUGCCUCCUGCAUUCGUUAGAGGUCUUUCAACAGCACGCCUUUCUGGAAGGGCGCAGAUUGUCCACGAUAAUGGCUCAGCAGAUACUUCAGAAAAUUCGGGAGAGUUGACUUUCUACUUAGAUGGAGCUCAUAGUCCUGAGAGCAUGGAGGCUUGUGCCGGAUGGUUCUCUGGUGCCACUAAAGCAAACCAAAAAUUAUCAUCAUUGUCGUCACCACCAUCUACUUCUGUCGAUGUUCACAGUAUGAAAUCAUUGUGGGGAAAUGGUUGCCUCCAUUAUGAAAAGGAUUGCCUGAAGUCAUCUAAUAAGACGUCAAAGCAGAUUCUAUUAUUUAAUUGCAUGGAUGUUAGAGACCCUCAAAUUCUGCUCCCAAGACUUGUGAAUAUAUGCGCUUCAUCAGGGACCCAUUUCUCAAAGGCGUUGUUUGUCCCUAGCAUGUCAUCAUAUAAUAAAGUCACUUCUGGUGCUUCAGUUAUUACAUCAGAUAUCCUUACUACUAGGGACUUGUCGUGGCAGUAUAACCUCCAAAGGAUUUGGGAGAAGAUUAUACACGGGAAAGAUGUUUCCCUUGAAAAGAGUUCCAGGACGGACAGUGUAGACUCCUUGCCCCCUCAUGACUUUCUUUAUGAAGACGUUUCCCACGGCAGUCCGGCAGAUCAGAAUUUCGCCUCCAGUGAGGUGAUGCCUUCCUUGCCAUUGACAAUAAAGUGGCUGAGGGACUGUGUUAAGGAAAACCCUUCUUUACGCCUUCAGGUACUUGUCACCGGUUCGCUGCAUCUGGUAGGGGAUGUGCUCAAGCUAUUGAGGAGGUGAUGCAGAUAAGGAAAGGCAUUCUUGUUUAGAACUUCACAUACCAUGCAAUUUACUCGUCCCUUUCCCCCACAAUUGCUUGAGGCCGUGAUUUGAUUUUCAUUUAACCGAAUAAUGCCCUCUUUGCCCCCCUCUUUUCCUUUUGUAUUUGAUCUUUUCCUUUUUAUCCCCCGGGUAGUAUUGGGGGCAUUUGCCGUCUUUUAUUCUCGAUGGUGUAAAACUAUCUCGUUGUAACAUUAUUAUUGACAUACAUUCAUUAUUGGAAUUAACUAUA